GGUGCUCGACCCACAGCCCCUUCCCCGGCCCCCCUCAGCUGGGCGUCCCCUUCUCCUCGCCGGGCUCUUCUUUCCCCCGCUUGCUUUAGGCACGCCCUAGUUGAGCUGUAUGGACUGGAGCAGCACUGGAGCAUGUUGCCGGGCCGUGAUGCCAAAUGGAAAACAGUAACUGACCAAAUUAAGAGAGCUGUGGAAGUCUACAAGCCAUGUGUAAAGGAGAAUUGCAGCUGCCACCAAAGUGUCUGGAAGCAGGACCUGGCUCCUUUUCGAGGUGGCAUUUCCAAGGAGAUAAUAUCAGAUGUGGUGAGCCGGAAGCUCGGGACACACUACCAAAUCAUUAAGAACAAAUUGUACCGUGAGCAGGACUGCUUGUUCCCUGCAAGAUGCAGUGGAGUUGAGCACUUCCUUCUGGGGAUCAUCAACCGCCUCCCUGACAUGGAAAUGGUGAUCAAUGUGCGAGACUACCCCCAGGUCCCCAAGUGGAUGAAACCCCUUAUACCAGUCUUCUCCUUCAGUAAGACACCCGAAUACAAUGAUAUCAUGUAUCCUGCCUGGACAUUUUGGGAAGGAGGACCAGCUGUUUGGCCAAUUUACCCAACAGGUUUAGGGCGCUGGGACCUCAUGAGAGAGGACCUCAGAAGAUCUGCAGAAAAAUGGCCGUGGAUGAAAAAAAUCUCUAAAGGAUAUUUCCGAGGAUCCAGAACGAGCCCUGAGAGAGAUCCCCUCAUUCUGCUGUCCCGAGAAAACCCAGAACUUGUUGAUGCUGAGUACACUAAAAACCAGGCUUGGAAAUCUGAGAAGGACACCUUAGGAAAGCCUCCCGCAAAGGAAAUUCCACUGGUUGAUCACUGCAAAUACAAGUAUCUGUUUAAUUUCCGGGGAGUGGCUGCCAGUUUCCGGUUGAAACACCUUUUCUUGUGUGGUUCGCUCGUCUUUCACGUUGGAGAAGAGUGGCUGGAAUUCUUCUACCCCCAGCUGAAGCCUUGGGUCCACUACAUCCCAGUCCGAUCAGACCUCUCUAACGUCAGGGAGCUGUUGCAGUUUGUGAAGGAAAACGAUGCCAUAGCACAAGAAAUUUCAGAGAGGGGACGCCAGUUCAUCACCGAGCACUUGCAGAUGGAGGAUGUCUCUUGCUACUGGGAGCAUCUGCUGUCUGAGUAUUCCCAAACCUUGACUUACAAAGUGAAAAGGAGGAAGAGCUACAGCGAGGUCACUUCCGAAUGGCCGAAAACAGAACUGUAGGGGCUUCCCUGGUUUUCUCCUCAGCUUGCACUGAUCCCUGCAGAAAUCUGAAGAUCAGUGUGUCUUCUUUCUCGUUCUCUCAGACCUCUUACCCUUUACACUAGAACUACGGAGAACAGCAGCAGGCUGACUUUGAAACUGCUCCCAUCCAGUGGGACCCAGUUACACUCUCGCCAUGAGAACCUCAAGUAGAACCUCGGAUUAUGGCUGUUUUAGUGGGGUGGUUUUGCUCGUCUCUGGAAGGGGGUUGUUAGUGUUUGGGACUUAGUUACUACCUGCCUCAGAGUGAUCCGAAAUCCCAUUCAGGCAACGAGAGGCCUUUCUGUUAAUUUUACUGGAGUUUUUACCCAGUCCUCCACACUCACGAGCAAGGUGCGCAGGCUGACAGCUACGCUCGGCUGGGAGAUACGUGCCCCUUUCUCACCUGUGUGAUAGCACUGGGGAGGUGAGGUGUUCUCUGACAGAAGCAGGUACUACGGGGAUUGGGGGUAACCUUUUUUAGGUAGCUUAGAGCUUAGUUGUCUGAUGUUUAUGUCAGGUUUUUAAAGAAGUCGAUGGUAAGGCUUUGAUGCGCCAGCGAGAGGCCAGAUGAUCCUCGCACAGUUGACCUACCUACCUCACAGGGGGGUGGCUGGUGAUGAAAAUGGAGCCACAGCGCUAAAGCCUGAGUGGCAGGCGGGCAGCGUGCAGCUGAGGUAAAGACGGUUCAUCCACCGACUGGCGAGCCGGGUGCCCGCACAGCCACGCAGAACUGAGCCCCUGUGAACGAGCCCUCCCCGGCCGGCCGGCCAGACAGCCUUAAGAACCCAGAGGAAGUAGACGCAGAGGUAGCGUCAGCUCUUCUUUUUUCCAGAUGUUCACGGAGUCUCUGCUCUGAUCCCCUUCUUGUGAUCUUUGUAGGGUUGGUUUUGGGGGGUUUUGUUGGUGGUUUUGGGGGGUUUUUUCGAGGCUGGUAACACGGCUGCUCACUUCAGCAUUCGCUUUUCUUUCCCACGCUCCUUUUCUCGUCUCCUUCAGCCUGGCUGAGGGAAUGUCUUUGGCUGCACAGUGGCCACUGCUCGUCACAUCGCUCGCUCUUGAGUUGAGUCACAGGUCGCUCGUGCUCGCUGUAUUUAUGCCCGCUGAAGGCUGCUCAGCGUGGAGGGAGUGCAGUUUCUGAAAUGCUCCGUGGCCUCUGAGUCGAGAGGCCUGGUAGGAAGCGGCGUUGCCUUUGGCAUCCAGACAGGCGCCGGGGAGAGCGUGGGCAGCAGCAGCAGCACAGGAUCCCAGGAGGGCCGCUGCCUCCCCGGGGAGCGCCCUUGACCAUGAAGCAGCACCUGAGCAAAGAGGGUGGCAGCAACAGCCUCAGGGUCUCCUCUGCGGUUGGUUUGGAUCAGAGAAGAAGAACACUACGAGGAACAAUAAGGCAAAGCGCACCUGCACGCGUGCGGGCUGAGGCAGGGGCCUCGCUGCGCUGCCGAGCCCUGGUACCGGGGCGCAAGCCCCAGACCUGUUCGUCAAGCGCCCCAGUUGCUGGAGCAGUAGGCCCCUUGUGUGGCCGGCCCCUGGGUCAUCCCAGCCUGCAAAGGAAACCAAGCGAGGUACUAAAAUAGCCUGGUUUCUGAGGAAAACAACUGUGCAAGAGGGGAAGGGGGUUUUCUGGGUUUGUAUUUUUAGUCAACAGAGAGACGGUGCUCUGGGAAACUGAAACAGCUAUGUAUGGUAUUUUUAAACGAUUU